AGAUAACAUGUGGAUCGAAGUUCGGCGAGCUUGUGAAACAGUGCAAAACUUUACUGAUAUUGAAGAUGCAAAUGCCUGUGCAGAGUUGAUCAAAGAAGUUGAGAAGUUCAAAUGGCGUAUUCAGAAUAUCCUGAAAAAUCCGGGUAAAUCCCCAACGGAUCGAGUCAAACUCAAAGCGAACGCAGAAAUUGCCAUUGAUGGUGUCAAGGUGACCCUUGAUCAGUCAGUUUGCGAUGAGACAACCAUCAUCAGCGAUAUAUUCAAUCUCAAUGAGAUGGAUGCACUUCAGCUCGUUCUUUCCGGAGAAAGCCAAAGAAUCCAUUUUGAUUGCUUGAAUCGUGGACUUAUCGCAGUAGUAUGUUACUAUGAUGUACAUAGACUUCUCGCAGUUCUUUUGAGAACAAUGCUUGAAUGGGACAAAGAGUCAGCACAUGAGACUCUACGGGCCUUCAUUGAACAGAAUUUUGUACACCGCACACUCUUCCAGCACUUACUUCAGCUACAAGCGACUUUUACUGUCACGAGCGAGUUUCACAUGCUUUCCUUACCACAUGUGAAUGGCCUAGGUGGUCCUCGACAUCAAAAUCUACUACGCGGUGUAAUCGAAGAAAUUCGUGAAAAUACUGCAGAGGCCUUGUAUUCACUCUGUGAAUGGGGAGCUGAACAUGCGAACGAAUUCUUGUCUGACAUUUAUCCCAUACUCAAGGGAGUCCCUUUGGCGGAGAAGUUUGCUCCACAUCACCUUUCUGCUUGGACAUGUUUAGUGAAGCUUACGUCCAGCCAUGUACUUUCACAGACUCCAUCUGCAGCAACCGUUCUCUCGAAUCUCGUCAAAGAGAUCAGGAACGAGACCGUGUGGAGCGAUCAGUCCGUAUGCGGCACAGUACAACUCGCUUGCGCUAUAGCCCUCCGAGCCCUUGCUGUUAGCCCCGCCGAUCACUUGAAUAUAACGAAUGUGGAAGUAGACGUUGAUAAGGUUGUAGACAGAUCAAUCAAGAAUUUGGCCCUGGUUUUUAUUCGUCAUGGAAUCAUCGGAUCUGAUUCAUUCAAAUUAUGUAGUACGCACGUGCGAGUGGUGGAUACGCUGCUUAAGCAAUUGAUUGCUUUGUUUCCUGCUAAGCUUAUGGAGAUUGAAAGAAACUCCGAGGACGAGCUUACUUGGGUGGAUGAGGUAGCUGAAAGUGGGCAGCAGGUGACACCUGCAUUACACUACGAGAACUUUCUAAGAUGCAUUGCUGACCUGUACCAGCUAGCCAAUGAUCCAAAAGCCAGUGAGACACUGAAGACAUGCAUCACGGAACUGAGCUUGGCCUACAGCAGUGCAGGAUCGAUGGAGUUAUGCCGUUUUAUGGAGCGAGCUCGAGUCUCACAUCAUGUUGUGCACGCAGUAGCUUAUUUGGAUGUCCUAUGCGCAGUAUGUCGAACUCAGCAGACAGCAUCAUUUAUCUUUGAUAUCUUCGCACGAGUGCCACCUGGAGAUGAUGUUUAUGUUGGAUGGGAUCAUGUUAUGUCUGCGCUGCGAUCCUAUGAAAGGCUUUUUCGAGAAAGGACCGGCGCCACUUCUAUGUUUGGACAUGCAAUUUCUCAACCAAUCAAACCUAUCAUUCCUCCACGAGAGCUGAUUGGCCUGAUUACUUGGGUCAAUCUUGCCCGUACCGUAGUCGAUCUGGACAAUGAUGCAGCUGAAAUAUUUUUGGAGGAACGUCAGUGGGCUGUCUUGGAUGCAGCUUUGGGCGUUGUUUCAGCGCCAGUACCUUUGGCGUUGAAAGGAGCUUUGCUACGGCUGGUCGCGGCUUUGGCGAAAAGGGAAGCAUCCGUGCUUAGAAUAUGGAAUGCACUGAAUGCGCAUGGUUUAUGUACCUUUGCUGAGAAUGGAGCUUUGAUGGGUUUGCAGAAAGAGCUUGAUGAACGAGAGUGUGCUGAAGAGACGUUUGACACUUCGCUUGGAUUCGUCCAUCUUCUAAAAUCUCUCUUAUCACAUUCGCAUAUCACAGUGCCGGAUUUCGCUGCACCCUACCUGCAGUAUCUGACGAAGUCGAUAGUAUCCCAGAUGACUUCACGAGCGUACAGAGAUAUUGGACAGUUUUAUGAACUGGAAGAAGUCUCGCUAUCGGCGUUGCUUGGGUUGUUGAGACGAUGCUAUGUCGAUGCUCGUGCCGUUGUCCGGAGAGAUCCAGCCGUGGCUUUGCUCACACAAAUUCUAAAUGACACGCCAGUCUAUAGGGCGAUUUGCUCAGUGCUUCUUGAAGAUGUGAACAUUCACGAUCAAACGAGUAGGACGCUGAAAAGGACGUCUGCGCCAGCGUUGCCCGCUAUCGAACUUCUCUCAAUUGCCGUUUCUCGUUAUGCUGCAUUGAAAACCUCCAUCCGAAGCACGGACUCGGACAUGAUGCUUGCUCCGCUGCAUACGUUGCUUCUAUCACCAUUGCAGCCGUCUGGUCUGAACAUUCUGGACAUUCUGUUGCUUUACCUAGAGGAGGCUGAGAAUCUACCGCGGCAUGCGCUACAUGCAGCUCGUAUACUGAGAGAGCUAUGUGCCGUUAGGCCAUCGCUACAAACAAGGAUGGUUGAGUUGCUAAUAGCACGAAGAAUGGUGGCGCGAAACGUUCGAGCCGUACGUAGUGCAUUGAAUCCGGCAACAAUCAGGUUCACAAUCGCGGAUAUGGAUGCUGUAGAAUUUGACGAAAACGAUCCAGUUCGUGCAAGGGGCGAAGCUGCUCUUGUCCUUCUGGAAACUCUCUCAGAUUCUAUCGAGACGGAUCCAGGCGAAACUAACUUAUGUUCCCUGCUUUUUGGUUUCAACAGCAGUGCUGCUCAAAUAUCCGGUCAACUUUUUGACAUAGACGCGCCACCGACUGGAUUUCACCAAGUUCUGUCCAUCUUGGAGCAAUUUAUUGCCUCGCCUGACCCAUUCCAGCUCCCAUUCUCAGCCCUGAUUGAGCCAGCUUUUCGGCUACUGCAAAGGCUUGUGUCUGUGGAUUGCAUCUACUCACAAGCAGUACUUCGCUUUGUUCGCUCUAUGGAUCUGAUCCGACAACUGGUCAAAUCACCGUUUUUGUCCACUCCGUUGUCGCAGAAUCCAACUGAUAGCCCGACUCUCUUGUCUGUUACUCGCAUGAUUUCUGGUUCCAUACUCCAUCUAGCAGCCUUAGAAAUAUCAUCUUUGCUUAAGUCCGGGCACUUCGAAGAGCCACAUGAGAUCUACAGUACCUUGCUGGAGCCCUCGGAUGCAGUUAUCAAUCAGGAAGAGACUGGAGAUGGGGGAGUGAAUAGUUUACUAUUGAGCCUACUUCGCUAUGGCCACGUCGAAAUCACUGAAGAGAUUGAAUAUCCACGCUUGGUGCAUUUUAACGCUCAAAAACUCCAAGCGGUGUUUGAUGUCUGCAAAACGACUACUGUAUUUAACAUCGCACAGUAUGAUAUCGAAUACUUGCAUGCCCUACUUACACGUGAGAUUGUCAGCACACAAGCGGAGGACACGGGUGCUGUCACUAGAGAAAUGGAGGCAGUUUUAACUUAUGGCACGGACAUUAAUGCUCAGUUGUUGCAACGAGGUGCAUCUGAACAAUUAGUUUCGGGAUGCACAGCACUGCUGAAUGUCAUGGCUUUGUUUGCGCCGGUACCAUUCUUCUCAAUUACUGUUCAACUCAAUUUUCUGACUGACACCGCAUUCCUGCUCGUGGAAUAUUUGAGUGGCUGUGGAGCGGAUGAACAAGUAGCUGUGUGUGGAACACUAUUUCGGUUAUGCAAAACUAUUUGUGCUCUAACGAAGCAAAAGUAUCCAGAGGUCACUGAACAACGAAAUAUGCUGGCAAAUUUGCUUAAUCCGAUUCUGGAGUUGCUGAUUCAACCAGGAGAGUGGCCUCUGCAGGCCAAAAUAUGUAUCUAUAGCAGUGCCAGGGUGUGUCUGAGAAAUGCUUAUGUUGCAGAGGAGACCAAGGAUCCAAAUGAGAAGAACGCCGAUUGGUUGACAAGUGGUCUGGUAGUUGGUGAAGCAAGCACAGAUCCGAUUUUGGAAGUUCUUAGCAGCAAGGCUCAUGAACUAAGCCAGUGCAUUGCCAGAGAUAUUGUGGAUCUGCCUCAGGAACACAAGGCUACUCCACUCCUUUUGCUAAGUGAUGUGCUGCAUGAGGACCCUAGAAAUUUCACAUCUCAAAUAUCAAAGACGGGUGUUGCGAGGUACAUGACAGACUUGCUGGCUGCAAUGAAAAUUGACUGGAUUGCUUUAUCGAAAGGAGAUCCUGACGCUAUGCAUGAGCAUGCUCUCUUCAAAAGUCUUGUGCUCGCUCUCACACGGUUGUCUCUUACGGAAAGUGGAUGGAAUGCUUUGGCCGAGCUGGCACUACCAGAGGUCCUUGCGCAAUUGCAGAUGUUUGCGCAUCCACCAAAGGAAGUAUUUCUUCAGCCGGCAAGCAUAAAAUUAAAAUCUACUCCGGGAGAACUAUAUGUAUCUUCGUUCGAGAUGGUUCUCCAUUUGUGCAUAGCAGUAUGCUCAAAACCUAAGUGGAAACGAUUAUCGUUCAAGAUUCUGGACGUUGUUCACUCACAAGGAGAGUUAUUAAGCCAACUCAUGCGAGCAGAGAUCUCUUGUCGGAUGGUAGAUUAUGCGUCAACCUUAGUGCAACAUAUAUGGCAGAAUGAUACAACCACUCGACUAGUGAUAGAUGCUGAUUCCGUACUGAAUCAACUACGAGCAAGGCCUAGCGGACCCAACGCUCUCCAGCAAGUAAACAGAAAACCGUAUUCAUUCCUUGUACCUGAUCAUCUCUGCCCCGAAUACCCUUACAGAGGGACGCAAAUAACAGCGUCCUAAAAGGCGAGAUGAUUAUAUUCACUGCCACCCGUAGAUCUCUUUAUAAAGUUGUUACCCUUGUAGGCCUGCCUGUAUCUAUGAAGUUUCGUUCCAUGUUUGCAUUUGAAAGCAUUUGUUAUUUGUUGCUACAAAAAUUGUUGCUAAUUUUCUAGGAUGAUUGCUCUUCGGGUAUCAUAAUCAAAAGUCUCUCAUUUUCCAAUAAAUUUUGAAGAUCAA